UCGGUGGGGACGCGUCACACGCGUUGGAGGCAGGCACGUGAGCCAGGCAGAUCACGGAUGCCGGUAAUCCAGUUUGUCAGUAUCAGUCCAGAUCCACGUCGCUCGGCUCCAACUCUGUUUACAGUAGUUGUCUGCGUCUCUGCCGUCUGGCCCGUUCAUCGACGCUGUCUCGAGCGCUCAAGCAUCUACUGUAGCGGCACAGCCGUCGUCGUCUGCGAGGAACCCUGUUAUGAUUCAAUUGCAUCAGAGACCAAACAACGCAGUCCCAGGGGUCAGUUCCUACACUCCCUCCCCUGAUCUAAAGGUCCCAAAUCAAGCUCACCUGCAACGGCUUGGCGCUCCUCGUCGCCCUCUGCCCACGGGGUCUCCCUCAACUGCC